CGGCAUGUGUGGCAGAUUCGCUCUCGGAUUACCGCGCCCUCAGAUUAUCCGACAGGUGCACGACGAGCACCCAGAGUUGGACCUUGACCUCGAUGAGUGGAUCGACGAAGACGCGUUUUACCCUCGUUAUAAUGUCGCGCCGCGAUCCCGCAGUCCAGUGGUCCGCAGACGGAAUCGUUAUGAUGACCGUGCGGCCUCUGAGGAGCAGGGAGAGACGGAACAGAAAGGCACAGUUAUGCAUACGAUGAAGUGGGGAGUCGUCCCGCACUGGAGUAAACAUGAAGAUACCAAUCUGAAUACCAUCAAUGCGAAGGGUGAGAACCUCACUGAGGGUGGUGGCAUGUGGGCGAGUAUCAAGGGCAGGAAGCGAUGUGUUGUCGUUUGUCAAGGCUACUACGAAUGGCAGAAGAGAGGAAAAGACAGACUGCCACACUUCACUAGACAUAAAGAAGGGAAACUCAUGUUGCUGGCAGGGCUUUACGACAGUGUUAUUCUUGAAGGUCAUACUGAACCUCUUUACACUUACACAAUCGUCACCACGGACGCAAACAAGCAACUUUCAUGGCUACAUGACCGCAUGCCAGUUAUCCUCAGUUCAGCUGCACAGAUCGAAGCAUGGCUCGACACUUCCGAUCAGACGUGGUCGACCAAAGCCGCAAAAGUCAUCAAACCCUAUACAUCCCUCGACAAAGCACACGACUUGGAAUGUUAUCCCGUCCCUAAGGAAGUUGGUAAAGUCAGUGCGGAGAGCGCAACGUUCAUCGAGCCCAUCAGCAAGCGGAAGGACGGUAUUGAGGCGAUGUUCGCUAAGCAGAGCAAGGGAGGAAAGGAUACCGAUACGUCUUUUAAGCCAGCUUCACAGCCUUCACAGGAGAAGAAGUCUCAGCCUUCUGGGGAAACAGGUGAACAGACCCUACUGAAACGGAAACGAGAGUCCACAGAGCAGUCGCCGAAGAAAGAGAGAGCGUCAAGUGUCGAGCUGCUCUCCGUGGAUGAACCUUCAGGCUCCAAGAAAGCUCGAACCGAUAACAAAGAGGAAACUAAACGGAGUGGCAAGCAGGUAGCGAAACCAAAAACGCCUAGUUCUUCCCAAAGCACAAACAUGAAGUCGCCCAAAUCAUCAAAAUCACCGAAGAGUCCAGAACAAGCCAGCCCUGGCACCAAGAAAAUAACAAGUUUCUUCUCCAAAACCGAGGACAAUAAUUGAGCGGACUGAUUAAUUCUGUUUACGUCGUGUACAUUAUUUCUCCCCUUAUCUUACCUAUUGUACUGGGCUUGGAACAAUUAAG